AUGAGCGACGUCGCUCAGAUCCUGGGACUUGCAGGGUCAAAAUCGAGUGUUAAUGGAACUACAUCGAGUGAUUUGGAUCAGCUGAAGCCUUCGGGUCCUUCAGUAGAAGCACGCGGAAAGAAAAAUGGUAGUACUUGUCGACAAAAGAAGCUCACAGGCAUGCAACGUGAAGUAUUGGAGCUGCUAGAGAGCAAUCACCGUGCCAGUCACGCACUGUACCAAGGAUUUGGUAAGACGAGUCUUAAGCAAAAGUGGCAAGAACAUAAAAAAUCGCCAGCUGUCAAAUGGUUGCGGAAGUCGUUUCGAAAUCCUGCUCGGGCGUCUUUACCGGGAGAGACAGGAGGAAAUGGACUAGUGCUUUCACAUUGGGGAAAAGCGCAUUUAGAAAAAACAGACUACGUGUUUGCAAGAUUUAAUAUCAAGAGUAAAACGACGAGCUACACGGAUGACGAGUAUGAAGCGGUAGUAGCACACCAUGAUGAUCCAAUGAUGAAGUGGACAAAAGACGAGACGGAUUUGCUGCUCAAGUUGUGUCAACGCUUUGACCUUCGGUGGGUCGUAAUCUCGGACAAAUAUAAUUCAAGUCCUCUUGGUAAAGGUGCACAUCGAUCUAUUGAGGACAUUAAGUACCGGUACUAUGAGGUCACACGACUGGUGACCGAGUAUCGAGAUCAAAAGGCGAGAGGCGAAGUGGAAAAUAAGAUAGGCGUAGUGGCUAGUUCAGCUGUUGCUGGUUCUACAGCUGAAGCUAUUGCUGCUCCAUCCAGGGACCUUACUGUGCCUGGAGCAGACUUGGCUCCGGUUGCUACUGUACCUACCUCUGCUGCACCGAUGCAUUAUAGAUUCAAUAUCGCGUAUGAAAAGCAACGCAAGAAACAGCUUGAUCUCAAUUUCUUGCGUACGGUCGAUGAAGAGAAUGAGAUUCGUCGACUGAACGAUGAGUUGCGUGGAGUGGAGCAGCAACUGAAGAAAGUGGCGGUGAAGGUAGACCCAAAAAAGAAAAAGGAGCUUGCACACGUGCCUUACGAGAUCAAGCGCACGCUCCCCACUGGUGUGAUCUUGCGAAGCUCGUUGUUGGCACUUCCUCAACAAAAGCAUGCGCUUAGCCCAAAGCUUUUGAAAAAGCUGCAACUUUUGUUAGACGAAAUGGGGGUGCCUGCACGUCCAAUGCCUACAAAGCCAGUUUGUGAAACAUUCGACAAAUUGCGCCAGGACGCUGUGGGACUUUUGUCAUUGCGGAAACACCUCAAGUUUAAAGAGAAUGAGGUUCAGGCUUUACGAGAGCGCUAUCAAGCUCUUACAGGAAAGGAGUACAUAUCAACCACCACUCCUGUCACCGUAUCAGAACGACCAGGCGAUGAGGUAUUGACUGUAAAUGGAUCUACCGUGCCUUCAUUUGCAAAUCAUCCACCAAACACAAUCAGCAAAGGUAAGACAUCAAAGCAUUCAGAGAAGGUUAUUCGCGCAGCUAAGCGACGCAAUUCAAGUGGCCUUCCUGGCCUUUCGGCAAAACGUAGCAAAAAAGUCCCUUACUAUUUAUAUCGACGCUAUCAACGACCAUAUUUGACCAGUUCGUGGACUGCUAUCAUGGGGAAUAAAAUACCUCUUUUGACUUUUUUUCAUUGUUUCUUUGUUUGUGAGAAGCAGUGA